GAGCAAAGCAAACUAACGAAUAGCAAAGUUGCAGAGAUACAACAACCAACCCAUCCCAUCACUCAGGAUUCUGCUUUCAAUCGCAUUACUUAUUUCUAAAUUCUCUUUCAUAAUCUGUUCCCAGCUCUACAAUUAUGGAAGAAUUUUCAUCUCAAUCCUUCUCUAGGGAGAGCUACAAUGAAUUUUGGUCCCCCAAAAUCUCAAUCCUCCACGACUAUUUCUCCUUCGUCCCGCGCGAGACUCCCCCUCUUCAAUGUCCAUGGAACUUCAUGUUACAGGAAUAAUGUUCAUCUUGGCUUUGCUGAACCAUUUUUGCUAAAAUGGGGGCUUUCUUUACAUGUCCUUUGGCCAAAUACAUUGAUAAGAAAAAUGGGGGAGAAUCUGGAUCCGUUACUGUAAAAUUCAUCAAUUUUGGAGAUGAUGAAGUAAAAGCUCUUCAGCGAUCCACCAGUUCUGAUAGUGGAGAUUUGAAGCCUUCAGUAAUCAAAUCAGUGGGUUUGCACCGGGCAGCGUUAGAUUCAUCUGUUAGGUUGAGCGGUAGAGAUUUGGAGAAGAUGACUUCAACAGAGAUAACGGAUAUUCCUCUACAGGAGGCAGAGUUGGAUGUUGUUGCUAAUUGUCCUAAGAGCAAUGACAUGGAGAGUCAAUCUUCUAGGCCCGAGAAUCAUGAUGGGACCCAAGCUGUGAUGGAUCUCAUUGCAACAAAUAUGGAGCACAUGGCAGCAACUGAAUUACAGAAAGUUUAUAAAAGCUUUAGAACAAGGAGAAGGCUGGCUGAUUGUGCAGUUAUUGCAGAGAAGAGUUGGUGGAAACUCUUGAAUUUUGCCGACCUCAGGAGAAGUUCCAUAUCAUUUUUUGACAUAGAUAAACACAAAAGUGCCGUUUCACGGUGGUCUCGAGCAAGAACCAAAGCUGCUAGGGUUGGCAAGGGUUUGUCCAAAAAUGACAAAGCUCAAAUGCUUGCUUUACAACACUGGCUUGAGGCUAUUGAUCCACGACAUCGUUAUGGCCAGAACCUACAGUUUUAUUAUGAUAAAUGGCUACACUCUCAGAGUGAACAACCCUUUUUCUAUUGGUUGGAUAUAGGAGAAGGGAAGGGAGUAGAUCUUGUUGAAGAAUGCCCUAGAGUGAAACUUCAACAGCAGUGCAUUCAGUAUUUGGGUCCAUUGGAAAGAACAGCCUAUGAAGUUGUGGUGGAGGAUGGGAAGUUCAUUUACAAGCAAUCUGGGGAACUACUUCACAUCACUAGAGUUGAUAAGCGUGAGAAGUGGAUAUUUGUUCUCAGCACCUCUAAAACCUUGUAUGUUGGAAAGAAAAUGAAGGGUAAGUUUCACCAUUCGAGUUUCUUGGCUGGAGGAGCCACACUUGCUGCCGGGAGGUUGGUUGUUGAAAAUGGCAUCCUACAGGCAAUUUGGCCUCAUAGUGGUCAUUACCGUCCCACAGAAGAAAACUUUCGUGAAUUUAUCUCCUUCCUUACAGAAAACAACGUUGACCUCACUCAUGUGAAGAUGAGUCCACAUGAUGAGGAAGGCGAGGAAGACAAUGAACUACAAACACAAAAAGGCAGUCUUCAUGUUCGAAAUGGCUCGGCAGAGGAGGAUUGGAUUGAACAAGUGAGUGGUGGUCCGGAUGAUGGCGUUUCAAAGAUUGUUGCUGCAGGAACGAUUGGUGGGAAAUCAGAUUUUCAAGAGCAAUUAGCAUCGUCAACCAUCAAAACAUUUGAGUCAAAUAGGCCAAUCAAUUUGAGUAGAAAAUUAACCAGUCCUCUCAUACGAGAAAACAUAGAAAUGAGAUCCUUGGAAUAUGUUUCGGAGUUGGAUACCGAAACUCAGAAGAAAAACAUGUUAGAAGAGGAAAAUAGAAGUUACGAGGUUGAUAUCAUCCCUGAUGAAUUAGUACUAAAAAGAAUAAACUCACACAAAGAUACAAAAUCAUAUCAAUUGGGAAAGCAACUAUCUUGUAAAUGGACAACUGGUGCAGGUCCUCGAAUAGGUUGUGUUCGUGACUAUCCAGUCGAACUUCAGCACCUAGCAUUGGAGCAGGUGAUGUUGUAGCCAAGAAAGGUGACUACUCGGUCUCAAUUUUGAUGCUCGCCUCCAGUUGCCUGUAUUCUAACCCAUAGUGAUUCACCAAUUAAUAUGAUUCACCAAUGUACUACACAAUCUUCUUCACCUUUGUCCAAAGGGAACAUCAGGAGCAGAUAUUGGUAAUGCCGAGGUGAUUCCUAAUUGUUCUAUUGAUUCAUUAUUUGCGGAUAUAAGGAAAUAUAAUACAAAUAUUUUCUACAUUAAUAAAAUCGAUUGUCAUGUUGGUAAAGAGGCGCUUCUGUAAUUGAAGUUUUCCUCGUGGGGUUGGGUCGUUGCUUCGAAUUACAUUGAAGGGGUUUUUUCUUGUAUUUUGUAAUAUUUUUUCAUUUAUAUAUUUGUUUCAUUUUGAAUUUAAAA